CAAAAAGGCAUUUAUAUAUAGACGUUUUUUCCUAUAUAACAGUAGUGGUGUUUCUGAGUUUGUGUAUAUUCACACACACCUGUCCUUAAUUUCAUCACAAUCAAAAGUUACAAGAGAUAUAGAAAUGAGUACUAAGAAGGGUUGUCCAAGCCAUGCAGAAGCAAUGCAAUUGAAGCAACCAGGGGCACCAUUCAAAUGCAGUGGAUGUAAACAAAUGGGGUUCGGACCCAGUUACCACUGUGAAAGCAGCAACUGCAGUUACGUCCUCCAUGAAGAGUGUGCAAACGCUGUUUCCAUAGCCUUCCAUCCCUUUUUCUCGAAGAGCAAUUUCGAGUUUCAUGAGAAAGCACCUGGGAAACGCACAAGGUACUGUGAUGGCUGUGGAAAAGAUGUGUUAGGGUUUGUGUACCACUGCUCCACCACAGGAUAUGAUCUUCAUCCAUGCUGCUUGAAGCUGAAACACAACAUUUCCGACCAAGAGGGGCGCGUGACGCUUGAACUGUGCCAGAAGGUUCCAUCCAAGUGCGUGAAGUGUAAGCAUAGGAAUGUUGUGGAGAGAGUUAAAGGGUGGUCUUAUGUGUCUUCUGGGGGGGAUUGUUGUUACCAUGUGUCUUGUGUGAAGGAACUGAUUCUUGAGAAUUGGAAGAAGGGUUAUUUCUCUCAAGAAACCAAUAAUUCAAUUGGGAUGAGUAGUGACAGGGAGAACACUCAAGUUGCACUGAGAAGCAUGGAGAUUGUUCCAAGUGGAAGAAGGUCAAGGAGAAUCAACAAGUACACCAAGAUUGCUGUGUUGGUGUUCAAGCUAGUGGUUUCGGCUAUUUUUGGAAACCCUAUAUCUGCCAUUGCUGCUCUUGUGGAAGCCCUUGUUACUGAUUGAUCAGGAUACCCUACGAUUUUUUUUUGUUGGGACAUAACUUAAAUAUAACUACUUAUCUGUUAUUUUUAGUGUUAUUCUUCGAUUGAAAUUAGAAUUUCACCUCGAUAAUUUAAUUAUGCUGACAUUUAGUAUAAUUUUUUUAUUGAAAUGAAAAUCUAGUUUUGAUUGUUAAAUUAAACAUCACUAAAAGCAUACUAAAGUAGUUGUAUAUAGGUUUUCUCUUUGUUUAAUUGUUGUUGUUUGCUUUUUUAAUAGUCACUGAUGUUAAUUAGUGUUGCUUUUUGAUAUUAGAUUGGUGUCAUAUUGAAUAAAGCUUCUGUAAUAUGUUCAAUAAUGAUAUGUGUAGAACAAUAAUCGUACUGGUA